AUGGCAGAUGCUUUUACAGCCGAGAUUGCAAAAUCCCUUCUAGGGAAAUUAGGCUCCUUUUCUGUUCAAGAAUUUUGUUUGGCAUGGGGACUUGAAGCUGACGUUGCUCGUCUUGAAAAGAGAUUGUCAGCCAUCACCGCAGUGCUGUCCGAUGCUGAGCAGAAACAAUCAAAGAAUGACAAGAUUCGGUUCUGGCUCAACGAUCUCAGAGAAGUCUUGUAUCAUGCCGAGGACGUGCUGGACGAAAUCGAGUGCGAAACUUUGCGAAGGCAGGUGGUGAAAACAACAGAGAGCACCAGUAGAAAGGUACGGCGCUUCUUUUCAAGCUCUAAUAAGAUUGCAUUCCGUUUAAGAAUGGGUCAUAAGAUAAAGAGCAUCAUAGAAAGACUAGCUGAGAUUUCAUCUCUUGAGUCUGAGUUCCACCUCAGCGAGGAGGCUAUUGAUCGUAGCCAUGUCUUGCAAGAGGAAACAGAGAUGAACCGAUCCUUUGAGAGCUUUUCCGGUCUUAUCGGAAGAGAUGAAGACAAAGAACGCAUCAUCAACCUUUUAGUAGCACCUUUUAAGGUUGUUGAUGCACAUCCCCAUGUCCUUCCGAUUGUAGGAAUGGGAGGCUUGGGGAAGACAUCUCUUGCCAAAUCGGUGUGUGAUGCUGAAAAUGGUGAGCUUAAUAAAAAACUUGAAGAUAUUAUGAAGGGUAAGAAAUACCUGCUUCUUUUGGAUGAUGUAUGGAAUGAAGAUGCUCAAAAAUGGUUGUUGUUGAAGCCUUUGUUAUCAAAAGGUGCUGAUGGAAGUAAGAUUAUAGUGACUACCCGUAGUCAACGUGUUGCUGAGAUUCUGGGUACUGUUGCUGCGUCCAACCUAAGUCUUCUCGGUCAAGAGGACUGUCUGUCGUUGUUUUACAAGUGUGCAUUCAAGGAAGGGAAAAUGGAGUUGAAUCCAAAUUUGGUUGGAAUUGGGAAAGAAAUAGUGGAGAAAUGCAAGCAAGUUCCUCUGGCAGUGAUUAACUUGGGGACUCAACUGUAUGGUAAGACUGAUGAAACAGAGUGGAAAUCGGUGAGAGAUAGUGAGAAGUGGGAAGAGAUGGGAGAUGGCAUUUUACCUGCCUUGAAAAUAAGCUAUCAAAGACUGCCGACUCACUUGAAAAGAUGCUUUCUUUUUUGUUCGGUUUUUCCAAAAGAUUAUCUAUUUGGUGCAAUUUUGGAUGGAAAAAUUGGAACUUGGAAUGAGAACUUGGAAGAUGUUGGCUUGCGUUAUGUGCACGAGUUGAUCUCAAGAUGUUUCUUCCAAGAUUAUCUAUUUAAGAUGCAUGAUUUAAUGCAUGAUCUUGCGUCAUCAUUGGCUCAAAAUGAGUUUUAA